CAACAGGCGAACUCCAGUCAGCAUGAUGGCCGUUCUGAGUCCGAAGAGGACUAUAACACACCCAGAACUCCCCUUCGCACGAAGGUGGCCUGCCAGUUCUGCAGAGCUCGGAAGAUAAAAUGUGAUGGUCGUCCGAUUUGUGCCAACUGCCAACGCCGCGGUAUAGCAUGUAAUUAUGUCCCCGUGUGA